AACGAAACUCCACCGAGGUCAACUUCCAUUGUAGGUGUUUUAGGCUGCCUGCCGCCACAUACCAAAACAGCACAACCGUUGAUCUCUGUGUUGCAACUUCUCUCUUCUCAGGCUUUAUAGUUAAGACGAAUAGAAAGCCAUGGCUGUCCACCAGCAGCAGAUCACCACUGUAACAACCACCCAGAGGUCRGGGGAAUGGAGCACAGGACUGUGUGACUGCUGCUCUGACAUGGGCACCUUGUGCCUUGUGGUGCUUCCCCUGUUUUCAGUGUCAGACMGCCUCCCACUUCGGCUGGUGUCUCUGCAUGCCCCUCCUGGACCCAUGUGCYUUUAUGGCUGUCUCCUGCUGCAUGCGCUCCUCCAUGAGAGAACGCUACGGCAUCCAGGGUUCGACGUGUGGAGAYGUCGCAUUGGUGUGUUGCUGCUACGUCUGUACCUGGUGCCAGAUGGCCCGUGAGGUUAAGACGCAGACCACAUCAGGCCCCCAACAGGUUCACGUGGUCACCCAACAAGUUCRCAUGGCUUAGGACCCCAAAAUGAGGGUAGGGACUAGAUGGCCAGUCUAGAAGGGUCUUAACUGCUGAGCAAGUGCUUUACUAACUUUUUGUUCCUUAUAAUGUUUAAAGGUUAAGGAUAGGGCUUACAGUUUGGGUUUGUGGUUGAAAAAUUACACAAUUUCAUAAUUUCUAGCAUUGCCAAAUAGUGAUGGCCAAGAAAGAGGGCCAUAUCGGGAUAGAAUACCAUUCCAGUCUAUAGCAAACAUAUGUUGAAUGUACUGCAUACUUCAGAUGUGUCURUAGGAGAGACAUUUUAUAUAAUUUACUCAUCUCAUA